AUGGUCGACUUCACCCUCUCCAACUCCGAACAGCAAACAAGAGCGGCAGCGCGCAGCUUCGCCGCUACCCACUUAUCUGGCGCUCAAGCAAUAUAUGCUGAACUCCCAACACCCGAACAGCGAUUUCAAAGUCUCCAACCCAUCUAUGCAGCCGCGGUCAAGGCUAAUCUCAUCAAGGCCCAGGUGCCGGCCCAAAUCGGGGGCAGUAGUACGAAUUUAGUCGAGGCUGCUAUCCUAGUCGAGGAGUUCUACGCCGUCGAGGCAUCCGCUUCAUUAACCAUUUUCGGAACCGGACUGGGCUUGACGCCUGUCGCGCUGGCUUAUCGGCGUUCAUUGCAGAAAUUCCUGGAUCCCUUUCUUGCAUGCGAGGGUUCGCCGCUUGCUUCGUUGGUGUUUUCUGAGCCGGCUGGCGUGGCGAACUGGUUGGAACCUGGAGCGCCUGGAUUGCAAACAACAGCACGCCGCGAGGGAGACGAGUGGGUUCUCGAUGGUGAAAAGAUAUGGGCGACCAACUCCGCCGGCUGGGACUUCCGAGGCGCCGAUCUCAGUUGCGUGGUAUGUCGCUGCGUUGAUGAGGACGCGGUUGCGCAGGCAUCCUGCCCCCAGGACCUUAUCAUGAUUCUCCUGGUUACCCGGGAGAAUAUCAAGAGGAACGGACCGGACUGCUUCCGGGUACUCAAGCAUGUUGAGACGGCGGGACACAAAGCGACCUCUGGUCCGCAUAUCAAAUACACGAACCUCCGGGUCCCAGUCGAAAACGUGCUCUGCUCGCCAGGCACCGGUGCUCCCAUCGUGCUACACUCCUUUGAGAUCUCGGUAGGAGCAAUGGGCGUCGGAGUCCAACGAGCCGUAUUCGAUGCCGCACUGGCAUUUUCACGGGAUCCACGCGGUGGCACCGUCCCCAUCGCUCAGCGCCAGUCCGUUGCGGAUCUUCUGAUCAACAUCAAAAUGCGGACGGAGACCUCGCGGUACCUGACCUGGAAAGCUGCGCACUGUUUGACGUCGGGUCCGGGUGAGCAUGCACAGCGGCGGGAGCAUGCACUGCUGGCGAAGGUAUAUUGUUCCGAUGCGGCGGUGCAGUCGUGUCUCGACGCUAUCAAUGCGGUGGGGGUGUCGGCGUACAACGUUGAGACGCCGUUUGCUGCUCUGCUCGCCACUGCGCUGGUCCUGCCUAUUUUUGACGGAGGGAAUGUGGGAAUCCGCCGGAGGGCGUUGCAGGAUUUGUUCCUUGAAGAAGGAUAUCAGCCAUGGGGAACGACUUUUGGAUUUGAUGACUAG